CUUAUAGUAUUUCCUAAGAAACGAAUUAGCUUAGGAAGCAAAAGGAUUGUUAACAAUAUGGCGGAUUUGAAAGAUGAACGGGGAAACCCAAUCCAUCUAACCGACGCAUACGGAAACCCGGUUCAGCUCAGCGAUGAGUUCGGUAACCCCAUGCACAUAACCGGUGUCGCCAGCACUGCUCCUCAGUACAAGGAUAGUGUUACCGGUAACAUCGCAGAGUAUCCAACCGAAGCACCACCAGCAGGAGUCGCUGCAGGCACCGGUGCAGCUGCCACCACGGCCGCAGGAGUCACUACUAGUGAAACCACCACGGGGCAGCAACACCAUGGUUCGCUGGGAGAGCACCUUCGUCGGUCAGGAAGUUCAUCAAGCUCUAGCUCGGAGGACGAUGGACAAGGAGGAAGAAGAAAGAAGAGCAUAAAAGACAAAAUCAAAGAUAAGCUCGGUGGCGGUAAGCACAAGGAUGAACAAACGCCCAGCACUGCCACAACUACUGGACCCACCACCACAACCACCACCACCACCACCACUGGAGCCGCAGCCGACCAACACCAUGAGAAGAAGGGCAUUCUCGAGAAGAUCAAGGAGAAACUCCCCGGCCACCACAACCACCACCCGUGAAAACUCUGAAGUUGUGUUAGAUUAAUAAAUCACUUUUUACCAAUGUACAUAGUUUCUUCUAUCAAUUAUAAAUGUCUGUCUAGUAAAAGUCUACUUGAUUUCUGGUUCAUAAUGGUUUCCAGUUUGUGAGCUUGUAUCUUGUUCAUGCCUUCAUUUAUAAAAUAUUGCAUGUUUUGUUA